AUGGCGCGUGGACAAGAGCCGCUCCGCCCGUCUGUCCCCGGACAGCAUAUCCUUGACGCGGUGCCGGGCGGGCGUGGAAAUGACGAGCAAGCGGCCGCCGGUCAAGCGCUGGCUGGGCGGCCCCCGACUAGUGUCGACUGGGACGGAGGGAUUGUGUACUCGCGCACGAAGUCUGGCACGAAGUACCCCGACUUCCUCAUCAGUUCGUACUACGGCCUCAAAGAGCCAGGGGGUCAGGAGCUGGAGCGGGAGGUGCCACGCCUCGUUGUUGAAGUCAGGUCGCUGCGUCCCGACGAGGUGAUUCCGACAAUCGACGACCGGAUCGCUAUAUUGAAACAGCUGCAAUCGUACAUGGCGCGAGUCGUCGCUCAUGUGGACCUCACGAAGCAUGAGCUGCCGUGGGGGCUAGCGAUCAUCGGGACUUACACAGCAUGGUUGCGCCCUAGCCGCCGCAACGCCCAAUGCGCAUGGGAGUACAUUGGCGGCUUUCACUCCGGUCGCGGAUACUGGACGAGCAUCUACGGGCUCGAAUUCCGAAAGUAUAUCAAUGAGCGGGCAGACAAGUGCCGUCUCAACUCCAUUGCCUACGCCCGUGCGUACCGGGAGAAGCUCGAUAACCUCCAGAACGCGCCGCCGGAAAACCGCUUCAGCAGUUGUACCACCGCUUCAGAGUGCAACCGAUGCCAGGUCAUGAGGGUAUGCAGAAAGUCCACCAAGAUUUCCAUCUGUCCGGCGUCCGGUGUCCGACAGCGGGCGUCCGGCGGCGGGUGUCCGGUGGCGGUUGUCCGGUGGCGGGUGUCCGUCGAAUUUGAGGCCGUGUUUCAUGACAAUGCGGUUGCUGCGGCGCAAGCAGCGGCUCAGUCAACCGGGGCCCACGGGAGCACUGCCGCAGAGGAUCGCGUGCUCCUCAAAUCAAUGUGUAUGGCAGCGAUGAUCACAGGGUUCCAGCGCCUGUCCAAUGAAGACACGCUGAUGGUGUUAGGCAUUACGGACGCCAUGGCCCGGUUUUGGGAGGUCCUCGAUGCCCCGGAACAAUCUGGGGCUGCAGCACUAGAGCGCUUGAAGGACGUGGUGGUCCUGAAAGAUGUAUCGAUGGAGCCAGAGGGAAGUCAAGGCACACGGGGAGUGCCUCCGAUGACCCGGAAGCAUGGAUUGGAUGAUGAAGGGAACGUGCUCAUCCCGCCUGACAAUGUUUCCCUUUCUGCAUUUCGCAUGGAAAUGAGGGACACAUUCGACACCGAGGCCACUCGAGUGGAGGCCGUCGAGGCCUUGCUCGAUGCGGAGAUCACCAGGGAGGACGAAAGGCGUAUGUCACUCGAACGCAGGCACAUCAGAGAGCAACAGGACGGAAUCGCACAUUACAUCAAUAAGCUGAACCUACGCCUACUGCCGCCCAUGGUCAUGCCAAUUCCGGCCAGUCCACCCGGGCAGUACAGACAACUUGCAAAUGGCGAGCUCACGAAGGUGUUGGAUCCGGCGGAAAAGGUCCAGUAUUUAGACAACAUCAUUGAUGCCCUGAUGACGCAAUAUGGGAUCAUGGAGGACUAUAUUUCGGCCGAAAUAGGCUUCUGGGAAUCAGUUUUGGAGGGCAGUGAGCGGGAACAGAGUGACUGGUAUGCGCGGGUUGCCCCGCACCCGGUGAUGGAGGAUUCAGACUAUUUUGCCCGCGGAUUUACCGAGUUUCGUGGGUUAGAAGACAUGCAGGAGGAGUAA